AAUUUCCCUAAAAAAAUUGCCUAUUUUCAUAACCCCCCCUUUACCACCCCCCCCCUCCCCCCCACCCCCCAAACACCACCCACCCUGGGGUGGUGCAUCGUUCAUAUCGACGAACACUACUAAAGAGCGCACGCGCACUAUAAUAUAAUCAAAUUUUUAAUUUUUAAUUUUGUGUGGCAAGCAAUUCGCUGUGAAUUUACAUAAAUCCCAAAUAAAAUCCGAAUUGCUAGAGCCGCCAAUGUUGCUGAGGGGAGGGGCUUUCUCGGCAUGCAGCGCCGCCGCCGAUAGCAGCGGCAAUUGCCGGAUUUCCGGCGUGAUUCGGCCGCCGCCUUCGGUCGCACGGUGCGGCCGGCAGGGGAGGGCCGCCCCGCUCCGGGUGGCGUCGGUGGCCACGGGCGAGCAGAAGAGCAAGGCGCAGGAGCCGAGCUGCCAGCCGAGCCUCGCCGACCGGCUGCGGCUCGGCAGCUUGAACGAAGACGGCUUGUCGUAUAAGGAGAAGUUCAUUGUGCGGUGCUAUGAGGUUGGGAUUAACAAAACCGCCACCGUUGAAACCAUAGCCAAUCUCUUGCAGGAGGUUGGUUGCAACCAUGCUCAGUAUGUUGGGUUCUCGACUGAUGGAUUUGCAACUACACUUACUAUGAGAAAAUAUCAUCUCAUAUGGGUGACUGCUCGUAUGCACAUCGAGAUCUACAAAUACCCUGCCUGGAGUGAUGUGGUUGAGAUCGAGACAUGGUGCCAAAGUGAAGGAAGGAUAGGCACAAGACGUGAUUGGAUUCUCAAAGAUUAUUCCACUGGUGAAGUCAUUGGACGGGCAACCAGCAAGUGGGUGAUGAUGAACCAAGAUACCCGGCGGUUGCAGAAAGUCACCGAUGAAGUGCGUGAUGAAUAUCUAGUUUAUUGCCCCAAAACGCUUAGACUAGCUUUUCCAGAAGAGAAUAAUGCUAGCUUGAAGAAAAUAGCUAAACUCGAUGACCCCGCUGAUCAUUACAAAGUCGGGCUUGUGCCUAGACGAGCUGAUCUGGACAUGAACCAGCAUGUAAACAAUGUCACCUACAUUGGAUGGGUUCUAGAGAGCAUGCCUCAAGAGAUCAUCGACAGCCACGAGCUGCAGACUAUAACGUUGGAUUACAGGCGCGAAUGCCAGCACGAUGAUGUGGUCGAUUCGCUCACAAGCCCCGAGUCUUCCAUAGGCGACGCGGUUUCAGGGCUUCAAGGAACUAACGGCUCUGCGGCUGCUGCAAGAGACGAGAACGACUGCCUUCAAUUUCUGCAUCUCCUGAGAUUAUCCAACGACGGCUCUGAGAUCAACCGGGGGCGCACUGAGUGGCGGAAGAAACCCGCAAAGAGAUGAGCCUUUUCGCCUCCCCUUCGACUCAUCCCCUGCAUCGCCCGUCAUUCUUCGUUUCUUGGAUGGCCUUUGCUCACCCAUCUUGUAAUUCUAUGCUUUUCGUUUGCUCCGAGGAUUUUGUAUGAAGUUUCUGAGUCUUUGUUAUCAAUAGGUUUGGAUUCUAUGUUUCUUCUUUUCUUUUCUUUUCUGAUUGACGUUUGUUGUCACAAUAAUUCAAAGAUCAAUUCUGCAGACAUGUAAUUUAA